AUGCCUAGACCACUCACUAUACUCGCUGGUUUAACAUUGGCCACUGCACUUACUUACCAAUCGCGUAUUAACCUUAUUACCAACACGGCUCUUGUUCAGGAGAAGCUUGACCAAGCCAAAGAAAAGAAUGACUUGAUCACCAAUAAAGCCAAUGAACAACUAGUUCGACUUUCUCUCAAACGUCCUGCAAGCUCCGUAGAGCAAUUUUUAGAUCAUUCAAAAUCCUACUAUAAAGCACGACUUGUGCCUUCAGUCAAGGAAAGCUGGAAUGCUCAGAUCUGUAAUGUCACUUCAGCCAUCAUUCAGUCCGAUUUACCUACCACAGUGAGCAAAUAUAUCGCUAGAAAUGUAUUUGGUAUUAAUGACAAGCAAUAA